AGAGAGGGAAGGAGAGAGAGAGAGAGCUUCCGCCUUUAGACUACAGACACAAAAAGCUUUACUACACUCGGAGAGGAGUCGAGCGGAGGAUGUCAACAGACAUCUCUGCCCAAACAGCCGCUGUCCAUCCACAGGACAGAGCGGGGUAGCUGCACACCCGGACGCCUUCAGGGUUGAGGCUUGUGGAGGAACAAGCAGAUGCUCUUCGGGCUAUUUUUUUUUUCUAAGUGGAGGUCGAUGUGUGCGUGUGUUUGUGAGAAGAGGCGGAGAAGCCAAAAAACAAAAAAAGAAACAACAACAACAGAAAACCGGCGAGCGCGUCCUGACAAAGUUGCUUCGUGACAAGUAAAAACAAAGAUGGUGCACGGCGGCUGGUUUCUUUGUACGUUUCGCGCAUAGGGACUGGUCGGUUUUGGGGGGGGGGGAAACAAACAAAACAGAAGGUGUCCCGGAGGAGGAGACGACCCGGAGGAGACGGGACGGGACGGGGCGGAGUGGUGGGAAACCUGCUGCCCUGCUGCAGAUCUUCUGUUGCCGCUUGCCCCUCGGAUGCAGGGGAAACGCUGAGAGUUGUUCGGCAGGCGUCCCUGCAGCUUCCAGGGGACAUUGUCAGAUGUGUACCCGGCACACAAAGCCCCUGGCCUGGCCGUGGGGAUGGCAGCCUCUGCCUUGAACCUGAACGCCCUUGUAGUCAUGAACAGCAGUAAUCAGUUUCACUCCCAGCCUGGGUCCUCGAACGCCUCGUCCAGAACAAACACCAGCCCAGUCGGUCGUCCCGUGCUGCCGGUUCCAGAUCGGAGCACCUACUGCCCGUUACUGGGUGGAAGCCUCUACAGCCCAACCAGCCCAAAGACGAGCCCCCGGUCUCUGAGCCAGGCCUUUGUCUUUCCUCCUCAUCCGAAUUCGCUCUCCCCCUGCGACUCAACUCGCCCUCGCUCCCCCUCGCCGCGCAGCCCGGAGCGCCUGGGAGUCAAUGUGGGCCAGCGCAUCCGACGCCUGAGCGGUGAAGACAGAGGGGACGGGGACGUGGAGGAGGAGACAGGCGGAGGGCCGAGAGGAGGCGAGGCGCGGGAUGAGAGGAAACGACAGGAACAUCUGCUACGGAUCCACAGAGAGCUGCAAAACGUUGAGGUCAGAGGAAAAGUGGGCAUAUUCGAGGCCCACAUUUCCGGGAUCCGCGCCCAGGUCCUUAAUAGUGAGCUCCAGCGCAGCCCUCGGAUGACCAGACGGGCGUCGUGCCAGUCCCCUUUGCAUCCCAGCCAAGGAAACACAGUUCCUGAAAAUCCAAUGACCCCCCCUCCCGUCGCCCAGAAUGGCAGAGAGGUGGAGGAAGGAAUGACAGAAAGACUAAGGAAGGAAGGUGGAGUGGACAAGGGCGAGAAGGACAGCGGUGCUGCAAAGUCAAACCCAGAGAACAAGACACUGAUUGAUCAAAACGACUGCCAUUCAGAAACAACUCUCCAAACUCCCGUGGUGGACAAACGGGUUAUUCAUGGUUCCCCCGAGACGUCGGAAAAUCAUUCAGCUACGGAGGAGAACGAAGCUAAGCUAAGAGAAGGGGAGGGAGAAAAAGAUGAAAAGGUGGUGGAAAACGUAGAGAUGAAGCGCGAUGAGAGAGAACGGACAAACCAAGUCACAGAUGGGGAAGAGCAUCGGCGUGACUCAACGGCGCUGAUUCAGUCCGAAGGAAAAAGGAUUAACGAUAUCUCCGAAACCACCGCCUUACCUCACACACAAAACAGUAACAACGUGAAGCUGAGUUUGCUGGAAACACCCGAUCAGACAUGCGACCAUUUACCCGCCCUGCCCCCCUCCAUCCCCGCCGUCAUAAUCACUGACCACGGAUUGGAGACCCUGUCUCAAACUACCGAGGGCUCAGGCUCUGAACGGGGGCUGUCACGAUCCCCCAGUCCCAGUUCCAGUCCUCUUCCACGCUCCCCCACUCGCUCCCUCAGGAAGCUGUCCUCCUCCUCCGCCUCCUCGGCCGGGUUCUCCUCCUCGUGGGAGGAGUCGGAGGAUGACAUUUCCAGUGAUACGGAGAAAGGGGACAAUCUUCUCAACCCUGCACAUCUCAGUUCUCAGCAGAAAGCUCACAAGUCAUGGAAGAAGAUAAAGAACAUGGUCCACUGGUCUCCGUUUGUGAUGUCCUUCAAGAAAAAGUAUCCCUGGAUUCAACUGGCUGGACACGCAGGGAGUUUUAAGGCAGGCGCAAAUGGACGGAUAUUAAAAAAACACUGUGAAUGCGAGCAGCGCUGCUUGUCCCGGCUGAUGGAAGAUGUGCUGCGGCCCUAUGUCCCUGGUUAUCAUGGAGACGUGGAGAAGGACGGCCAGAAGUACAACCAGAUGGAGGACCUGCUGGCUGAGUUCGACUACCCGUGUGUCAUGGACUGUAAGAUGGGAGUGAGGACCUACCUCGAGGAAGAGCUAACCAAGGCUCGGAGAAAGCCCGCUCCGAGGCCCGACAUGUAUCAGAAAAUGGUCGAGGUUGACCCCGAGGCACCCACGACGGAGGAGAAUGACAAGAAGGCAGUGACCAAGCCCAGAUACAUGCAGUGGAGAGAGACCAUAAGCUCGACGGCCACCCUGGGGUUCAGGAUAGAGGGAGUCAAGAAAGAAGAUGGAACUGUGAACAGAGAUUUUAAGAAGACAAGGACAAGGGAGCAAGUGGUUGCAGCCUUCCAUGACUUUGUAAAAGGAGAUAAGGAGAUACUGAGCAAAUAUCUAACAAGAUUAAAGGAAAUCCGAGCCACUUUGGAGAUCUCUCCAUUCUUCAAAUCCCAUGAGGUGAUCGGCAGCUCCCUCUUGUUUGUUCACGACGGCCGGAAACGGGCCAAAGUGUGGAUGAUCGACUUUGGGAAGACCACGCCCCUCCCUGACGGGGAGGAACUAACCCACCGAGCUCUGUGGGCGGAAGGGAACAGAGAAGACGGCUACCUUUUCGGACUGGACAGCUUGGUGGACAUCUUUUCCAGCAUGGUGAACUCUGAGACUUGAAGGCUGAAGGUUUUGUCUUCGAAAAACCAAGUAAACGUCCUGGACUCGCCGCCAUUACCGCUUCCUUUCAUGCUUCGUGCGUCUGGGGAACCCUUUGGAACACUGACACUUGAACUCGCGACGCAGACCGCGUCGUCCAACCCCUCUUAGUUCCUCACGAGUGGAACUAGUUACAGCAACAAUGCCUCAGUUCCUCAUAAUUGUGCUAAACUAGAGUUUUUUUAUGCUGUGGUUUAAAAGUGGGGAGAAGGUCAAUCUUAUAUAAACUCAUUUUGACAGCAUAACCUUUUCCUAAAGGAAUCUCCUAUUGAAAAGCAAACAUUAUGUCCUGUUGCCUAAAGCAAACUGAGACGUUUACUUUAAUUUCAUAAAUAAAUCCUCUACAAAGGCCUAAACCAACAAGACGUUACCUAAUAUUUGACUGCUUAAUGACAGGCUCAACAUUAAAUAUUAUAUUUUUUACAUUAGGGACUUACAAUAAUUCGUUAUAAUAUACACAGGAUAUAUUUAUAUGCAGUGCUUUGCAAAAGUAUUCACACCCAUGGAGCUUAUUAACAUUUUUGCCACAUUACAGCCACAAACUGCUGCGUUUUUCUCUGAAAUUUUAUCUGACGGCCCGACAUAAAGUAGCACAUAAUUGAUAAGUGGAAGCAAAAUGAUACAUGGAUUUUUCAAAUAAAAAUAAUUUAUGUCCAUUUAACCUGAAUCAAAAGCUCUUCGCUGUUUUGGGGGUACGUCAUGGCACAUCGACUUACUGAAUGUUUUGCUCGUUCUUGGAAUACCCUCCAUCCAGUCUGUCAGAGCUUGAGCUAUUUUUCGGAGCUAGAUUGAUCGUACUUUGACUGGACCAGUCUAAUACAUGGAAAACAUCUCUGGCUGUGUAUUUCAGGCCAUUUUCCUGCAGGAAGGUGAACCUCCGCUCCAGUUUCAGGUUUCUUUUGCAGCCUGGAACCGGCUAUAUUCCAGGAUUUCCCUGUAUUCAGCUGCGUACAUCUACCCAUCAACCAGCUUACCUGUCCCCCGCUGAAGAAAGGCGUCCCCGCAGCAUCAUGCUGCCACCACCAUGUUUUUUUGGGAGGGGGUUGGCCAGGCAUUGUAAAGCCUGGUCAACCUUUUUACAAGUUUAACAUUGUAAAAACUUCUGCUCCCUUUCUUUCUUGCGACAAUGGCUUUCCACUUAUAAAGGGGUCUGAAUCCAGUCAUACGUGUGUCGUUUUUUAGAUUUUUAUAUAUAAAGAUAUCUGAAACACAUGUAUCAUUUUUCUUCCACUACAUAAUUAUGCACUACUUUGUCUUGGUCUGUUGCAUCAAAUCUCAAUAACAGACAUUAGAGUUUACAGCUGUAAUGUGACACAAAGUGAAACAGAAUAAGAUGUAUACCAUUGCAAAACACUAUAUGUGUGGGUGAAGUAUGAUUCAGCUUGUUAUAGUAUGGCCUACUACUGAUGUUUUUAUAGACACCAGAGAUUUAAAAAUAUAUAUAUAUAUAUUUUCACCUUUUUGAUUUGGCACUUCUGGCAAAAUAUCUAACACAGUAGCACUCGCUGUUCUCUUUAGUUUAGAAGAUUCAAAAUCUGAAAAAAUUCUGGGCCCUCAAAACUAGUCAGAUCCCAUCAUAGAGCUCUAAAAUGGCAAUCUUUAACAUUUCAAUCCCGCUGUGAUGUCAAACCUCUAAAUCUCUUGUUCGCUUGCACUCAACGUAAGGUAAAAUUGCGCCAAUUUCAUGGUCAAAACCGUUUCUCCGUCCCCACCAGGAAGCUCUUCCUAAAUUGUAUCUGCGAUAGUUGUACGUCACAAUAAAAUAAGCUACGACUACAAAGCGUUUCACUUCGCAGGGUUCCUUAAACGAUAACAGCAGAGUCGGCUCACUCGGACACACGUCGGGUCUAAGGGGGGACUGCUUCAUCAGAUUUAUCCGGUUAAAUAUCAGUGCUGGGAAACUGCUAUGGUUAGCUUUCAGAAAAUGUUGCUCCAGUGUGUGCAUCUCUUGGCUGACAGAUUGCGUUCUGAUAAUCUAGGCGGUGUACGGGUGAUGGAUCAGAGACACCUGCACCCAGAUAAACAGUUAUGGUGAGGAGGGAUUACAGUAAUUAAGAACAGGUUUUAUAAUUAGAUGUAAGCCAGUGGGUUCAGGGUUGUUAUUUUCCUUCUUCUGUUGUCGUACGUUGGCCAGAAAUGACGAGCCUGAAGCUCCAGGAGCUCAAAUAGUGCUUCUCGUUUACAGUCUUCAUAUUCAAAUAAAAAGCUCUAUUUUUAAACACCUCUAGAUUUCGCGAUAGCGAAAACACAGAAGUGCCGUUGCUCAUCGGGGCAUUGCUCAAGCAUGCGCCGCACUAUUCGGCGAGACGAACCUAAGAAGUAAAUUCCAAUCGCAAUGUUCAAGAUUGCCAAUUUAAACCCCUUUUAGCCACGCGAUCUAACUCAGUUUUAUCUCUUUUUUACUUUUCUUCCGGUCUUAAUGCAGUUUUAAACGCAUCGACGUCAGAGACGGUCUCCUGUUACAUUUGCAGUGGGAGAGUUUGUACAUUUAAGUGUGUUUUUUUUUUGGUCCACAUAUUUAAGGCAUAUAAAUUUAGUCCCAACAGCUUCCCACUUAGGCAAAAACAGAGUGAGGUUUGCGCACGUUGUUUGAUUCACAGUCAUCUGGAAAUUACUCACGGUGAGGAGAAGCAACAGUAGAUUUCCCAGCAGUCAUUGCCAUGUACUGAACUGUAACAUAGACUCAGCAUCCGUUGUGCUUUUGUUGUCAAACACUUAACACCCUUCCCCCUUUUUUUUUUUUUUUUUUUUUUUGGUCGCUCCAGGUAGCUCAUGCAGUGUACAGUAAGAUGUAUUUAGUUCUGUGUAGUUUUGUUGUUUUACUGUAACAUAGUAGUUGUUAAAUCCCGUUGAACACUCACAGCCAUGAACAACCCUAUUUAAGCUACACAGUGCCUUGACAUUACGAAGCCAAGUCAGAAAGCUAAAACAUGUUCUUGUUCUAGUUCUACAUAUGGGUUUUAUUCGCUUAGUCCUAACGUGGCUGCAUGUUUAUUAUCCUCUUAAACGUUUAGGACUUUCUCAUUUGUUCUGAUUUUAUUUAAACAACAUAUUUUACUUGUGAUUCUUUUGAUUAAUGGUAUAUCUGGUUUUGGUUUCAAACAAGUCACCUUUUAAGAGGUAGUCACAGAGUAGGACAAUCAGGGAUAUUACAGGGGGAAAAGACUCCCAUUAUUCAUGUAAAGCUAUAUAUAUAUAUAUAUAUAUAUAUAUAUAUAUAUAUAUAUAUAUAUAUAUAUAUAUAUAUAUAUAUAUAUAUAUAUAUAGUGGGGGACCCUCCAAUGAUUUUAAAUGUUCUUUAAAGACUGGCCUUUAUAAAAUACUUGCUGUUACAGUAAAUAAGGAAAUACUGCAACUUAAUGCUGUGCCUUCUUAAGGAAAUAGAUAAACGAGAUGGGAACAGAAUUGUUUUCAUACUUUAACUAUGAUAUUUGGUAACUGUUCUUUUCUGGCCAACAGUAAUAAAUGUUGCCUGGUUUCCUUUGUGUGCACUUACAGGUGUUAAAUGUAGGUGUUAAAAGGUUUGUAGUGUUGCUGGUUUGUUUAUUUAUUUUUUUGGACUGUUCCUUUAAAAAUACAUUUGUGGUGAAACA